GCUGCAGUUGCUAGCGUGCUACAAUACAGUAUGCCUCUUAUUUGCUGUCAAGCGUUGUCCAGCUAGUUUCUUGAUAUAUUAACAAAUACUUAGCAUCUAACGAUGUGCAUUAAUUAUUGUGAAACAAUAAUACUGUGCGACGUAAUGUGGGACGAUUUUCUAGCAAGCUAAGACCCAAUGACUGGAAUAGACUGAGAGCUUACUCCAUCAGCCAAGAUGUCAAAGAGGCCAUCAUAUGCCCCUCCCCCUCCCCCUGCCCCUACCACACAAAUGCCCAACACUCCUGGGUUUGUGGGGUACAACCCAUACAGCCAUCUGGCCUACAACAACUACAGACUGGGAGGGAACUCAGGCAGCAACAGUCGGGUGACGAAUUCUUCUGGAAUAAACAUUCCCAAGCCACCCAAGCCUCCAGACAAGCCUCUGAUGCCAUAUAUGCGCUACAGUAGGAAGGUUUGGGAUCAAGUAAAAGCCUCCAAUCCCGAUCUGAAGCUAUGGGAAAUUGGGAAGAUAAUCGGUGGCAUGUGGAGGGACCUCACUGAUGAGGAGAAACAGGAUUACUUGAAUGAAUACGAAGCAGAGAAGAUUGAGUACAAUGAGAGCAUGAAGGCCUACCACAACUCCCCAGCCUACCUGGCCUACGUCAACGCCAAGAAUCGCGCCGAGGCCGCCCUGGAGGAGGAGAGUCGGCAGAGGCAGUCCCGUCUGGACAAGGGCGAGCCUUACAUGAGUAUCCAGCCGGCCGAGGACCCUGACGAUUACGACGAUGGGUUCUCCAUGAAGCACACCGCCGCGGCCCGCUUCCAACGCAACCACCGGCUCAUCAGCGAGAUCCUGAGUGAGAGCGUGGUCCCGGACGUGCGCUCCGUGGUCACCACUGCCCGCAUGCAGGUCCUCAAACGCCAGGUUCAGUCUCUGAUGGUGCACCAGAGGAAGCUGGAGGCUGAGCUACUCCAGAUAGAAGACCGCCACCAAGACAAGAAGAGGAAAUUCAUCGAGGCCACAGAGUCUUUCACCAACGAGCUCAAAAGGCUGUGCUGUAUGAAAGUGGAGGUGGACAUGGAGAAGAUAUCGGCGGAGAUCGCGGCGGCGGAGGAGGCGUCCCGCCGACGGAUGGCGGAGAGGGAGAAGGAGGCGACGGACCAAGGAGAGCCGGACGCCGCCGCCUCCGGGCUGGACGAAAUGGUGGAGAAGAACGUGGGCCUGGCCGGCGGCAAGGCCCAGCUGGACUCCCCGAGCGAAGGCAGCAACAAGGAAGGCGAGGAGACGGAAACCAAUCCUGUCGACGCGGGCGAGACAGAGAAGUCGAAGGCCUUAGAGGAGCCAGAGGCUUGUUCCGGUAGCACCGAGGGGGCAUCGGAGGACAAAGAGAGUGUCCCGGAGGGGGCGAUGGAAGAGGGCACCAGUGACAGUAACACGGGCUCUGAGACCACCUCGGCCCUGACAGAGGAUGCCCCACCCAGCGAGCCGGCUUCCGAGGGACCCAGCAGAGGACGCAGCGUCGCCCACUGAUCGGAGCGUCGACGUAGCCACUCCGAAUCCCCGCUUCUCCGUAUGUACGAAAGGCCUCCUCUGAUGACACGUUGCACGGUUAUCCAGAUAUCACAACCGUGUUAAGGCAGGCUUUACUUUGUGACGCAAAACGCUCCCAGUCAAUUGUUAGUGAUUUCCAUCAAAGGCCAUUGUAUGUUGUUGCCUGACAGACCCAGUGUCCAUUUUAAACGUAAUAAGCCUAAACCGUGAAGCAAUGAGGCCAUCAAAUACGUAGGACUUCAGACAUAAUGUUCCACAAAGCCCAAGCGAAUGCAAUUCCGUUCCAUCCAUUUAAAAUCGAUACAUAUCCUUUGUCUUAUUCUCUGGCACUAUAUAUCUGGCAUACUCCAGAUCAUCAUGAAUAAAGACUGGCGGUAAAAUCCUGUCACAAACGGACAUUGAUGUUCAAUGUUAUGAUUACCUUUGUAUGUAGUAGUGUAUUGUCCAUGUUGCUUUCAAUGUUAUUUUUGCAUGGUGUUGUAAUUCUUCGAAUGGAAGAGUUGCCUUUGUAGCGAAAAAAAAAUGAAAAAGGUGAAGUGUUAAAUUUUCCUUGUUUACUCUCAGUAUCAGUAUUAAGUGACAGUAUCGUCUCAGGAGUUAGUCACCAGUAGUAGUUUUUGUUAUUUAUUCUUCUUCUUAUUGCAUAUCAUCAGUCCGUCCAUCAACUUGUACUGUAUGCCAUGCUGUAAACAAGGCUCCAGCAGUGUUCUGAAGUUUGCUAGCUCUCAAUCAAAUCAAAGCAGUACGCUUAGAACAACCUUGCAGUGUUAUGUUAUCAGUAUUACGACGUUUAACCCAGAACGAGCUUCUAAAUGUUUCGUCGUGAGCAGUGCUAAAUGGUUUGCUUGAGCACAAGUGGAUUUUCAUCUCAUUGCAAAGCAAGUCGAAAAAACGAGCUACAAACAUGCAGUGCAGUCUUAAGAUCAGUUUCCUUUUACAUAUUUAUACCAAUAAACUUUUCUACCCUGAA